GUAUGUAAUAUUGUGAGUUGUGACUAUUUUUUUGACAGUGUGAAGAAGAAGUGACUAUUUUUUUGACAGUGUGAUUAUUUUUGUCGUGAUUUAUAUUUAUAUUGAAUAAAAACAAGUAAAUCAGGUGAGAAGAUUGAAUAAAGUGUGAGGAGUGUAGCAUUAUUAAAACAGAAGAAAAAAUAAAAAUGGAGUGGUUAUUUGGAAAACGUGUGACGCCGGAGGAAAUGUUGAGAAAAAAUCAAAGAGCACUAAAUAGAGCAAUGCGAGAUUUGGAUAGAGAAAAAAUGCGAAUGGAACAACAGGAGAAGAAAAUAAUUGCUGAUAUUAAGAAACUUGCAAAAGACGGACAAAUGGACGCUGUAAAAAUAAUGGCAAAAGAUCUCGUAAGAACGAGGCGUUACGUUAAAAAAUUUAUGUUAAUGAAGGCAAACAUUCAAGCCGUUUCACUAAAAAUUCAAACUCUUCGUUCACAAAAUACAAUGGCACAAGCGAUGAAGGGCGUAACGAGGGCAAUGCAAAAUAUGAACAGGCAACUAAAUUUGCCGCAAAUUCAGAAAAUUCUUCAAGAUUUUGAAAAGCAAUCGGAAAUAAUGGAUAUGAAGGAGGAAAUAAUGAAUGACGCAAUAGACGACGCAAUGGAAAACGAGGACGACGAAGAAGAGAGUGACGCUGUUGUGUCGCAAGUGCUCGACGAGCUCGGCCUACAAUUAACCGAUCAACUCUCAGGUUUACCGCAAGCUUCCGGAUCAUUGGGCAUCGCUGGUUCGAAGCAACCUGCAGUUGCUGCCGCUGCAGGUGCCGAUGAUGGUGGAAGUCUCGCAGACGCCGAUGCCGAUUUGCAAGCACGUCUCGAGAAUUUACGUCGCGAAUAAAAAGAGACAAAAGGAGAACAAAAAAAAGAAACAGUGUAAAAUAAGAAAGAAAAAAUUGAAAAUUGCACUGAAUAAUUUUGUAUAAAUAGUGUAUAAAGAAAAAUUUCUUUCCACUUGUGAUAUAACGUAAUUUAAGCUUCGAUUUAAGUUUCCAAGAGUUUCUCAAGAGCGAG